AUCACAAAAUGUAUUAGUUUGUUUAUGUUAAUAGUGUGGAAUCCAAACAGAUGGAAAUUUAUACGCAAUUCAGAUAUAUACAUCUUAAAUUCAGGCCUAAAUAUGUGUAUUCGCUCCUUCUUUAAAUCCGUUCUGGAUCUUAUAUCCUGUGCUACUAUAUUAUUUGAUUUUUGAGAUGCUAGCACACAGAAACGGUGUAAACCUGAGCAGGGUGGGUCCGCUCAUUUGCAAUGCAUAUUGAAGGCUGGACGUCCUGCCGGCUCAUUUUAGCCGAGUUCCCCCGAAGUCCUUCAUUCUCACCGGGGACAAUGAGUUCAGGACUGAAGCUUUAGACCACAUUACUGUGGUGAUCCGUCCAAAAUGAAUCGAAACCGCUACACGCUUCAGGAGCCUGAUGUCAAAGAGUACCUGGUGAAGGGAGACAGGUUCACAAAAUGGAAAGAAGACUCCAAGAAAACCACACCGGUCACCAUGAAGAUGGAUCCGAAAGGAUUUUACCUGUACUGGAUCAAUCAGAGCAAGGAAACAGAGUUUUUGGACAUUGCCACCAUCAGGGACACAAGAGCGGAAAAAUAUGCCAAGCUCCCUAAACAUCCAAAGGUUCGUAACGUCUUCAACAUGGAUUUUCCUGACAGCCAUCAUCUGGCCAAAGCGCUGACCAUCGUGACGGGAACAGACACCGUCAGCCUCACCUAUCACAACUUCUUUGCUGCUAAAGAAGUGGCUCAGACGUGGGCUGACGACAUCCUGGCUAUAGCAUAUAACACACUGAGAGCAAACGCCUGCAGACAGUUCUUCCUGGAGAAAGUGUAUGUCCGCCUCUCACUGCAGACCAACAAAGAUGGGAAAAUCCCUGUUAAAAAUAUCUUUAAGAUGUUUCCAGCAGACAAGAAAAGGGUUGAAGCUGCUCUGGCCGCAGCAAAUCUCCCCAAAGGAAAGUUUGACACCAUCAAGCCUGAUGUGUUCACUGAAGCGGCCUUCAAGACCUUCAUACUCAAUCUGUGUCCCAGACCUGAAAUCAAUGAAAUCUUCACGUCCUUCACGAAAGGAAAGGGAUUCAUGACGAAGGAGAUGCUGACCAAGUUCCUGAACGAGAAACAGCGAGAUUCCCGUCUCAAUGAGGAGCUGUUUCCGCUCGUCAGACCCGAACAGGUGAAGAAUCUCAUAGAGAAAUACGAGCCGAGCUCGUCCAACGCCAGCCGCGGUCAGAUUUCUCCAGAUGGUUUGAUGUUUUAUCUGAUGGGAUCUGAGACAUCAGUGGUGAAACUGGACAAACUGGCCCAGAGUCACGAUAUGACCCAACCCAUCCCACAUUACUUCGUCAAAUCCUCCCACAACACCUAUCUCACAGCGGGGCAGCUGACGGGCGUCUCGUCUCCGGAGAUGUACCGUCAGUGUCUCCUCGCCGGGUGCCGCUGUCUGGAGCUCGACUGCUGGAAGGGCAAACCUCCGGAUGAAGAGCCAAUCAUCACCCACGGCUUCACCAUGACAACCGAGAUCCUCUUCAAGGAUGUGAUUGAAGCGAUCGCUGAGAGCGCCUUUAAAACAUCCAAGUAUCCUGUGGUCCUUUCCUUUGAGAACCACGUCGAUUCUGAAGACAAAAAUCUGAAGCCGGGUCAUCCGGUGCCGAGUCCGUCUGAGCUGAUGGGUAAAAUACUGAUCAAGAAUAAGAAAAGCAGCGCACCUGCCAGCAAACCAGAACAAGCCAAGAAAGCAUCUGGUCACGAACAAACAAACACACCUGCGGACGAUUCUGAGUCCAACCAACCCGCCGAUCCAAACCAACCCGCUCCAGCUAACCCAGAGGCCAGCGACCCGCCGCAUGCAGCCGCUGCUCCAGAUGAGCGUGAAGAACAUGAUGACCACGAUGAACAGGAUGAAGAGAAGAUGAAGAACUCUGAUGAGGGAACCGCUGGACAGGAAGUGACAGCGUAUGAAGAGAUGUCAGCUCUGGUCAACUACGUGCAGCCCAACAAAUUCAUCUCUUUUGAGAACGCAGCCAAUUUCCCCAUGCAGCUGAACAUGGCUCUGUUUGAGUUUAACGGCAGGACGGGUUACCUCCUCAAACACGACGUGGUCCGUCGCAGCGACAAGAAGUUCGAUCCUUUCACUGACAGGAUUGACACCAUUAUCGCCAGCACUCUCACCAUUAAGAUUUACUCCGGUCAGUUCCUGUCGGAGAAGCACGUGAAAACCGGAGUGGAGGUCGAGCUCAUCGGUUUGCCGAAAGACCCCAAGCGCAAAUAUCGCACCAAAUGGAGCACGACACCCAACGCCAUCAACCCCGAGUGGAACGAGGAGCCUUUCGUCUUCGAGAAGAUCUUGCUGCCGGAGAUGGCUUACCUCAGACUCGUGGUUCAGGAGGAGGGAGGCAAGUUUUUAGGGCACCGAAUCAUCCCUCUGGACGCUCUGCAGACAGGUUUCCAGCACAUCUGUUUGCGCAGCGAGAGCAACAUGCCGCUCACGCUGCCGUCUCUGUUCGUGCACAUCGAGGUGAAGGACUACAUCCCUGCUGCAUUCGCCGAUUUCUCGGAUGCACUUUUCAAUCCAGUGAAGACUUCAAAGCCGCCGAAGACUGAGAGUUUAACAUACGUGUGUGAAUAUGAGUUACCUCUCGCUGACGGCGCGCAGACGGCGGCCACUCCUGCAGCUGCCGCAGAAACGAAGGCUGCAGAAGAAGCUCCAGCAGAGGGCAACGCUGCACCUCCGGCUGAACAGACUCCAGCUCCAGAACCAGCCAAACCAGAGGAAAAACCCGAACCCGAACCAAAACCAGAGGAAAAACCAGAACCUGAAGCCAAACCAGAGGAACAACCAGAACCUGAGCCCAAACCAGAGGAAAAACCCGAACCCGAACCAAAACCAGAGGAAAAACCAGAACCUGAAGCCAAACCAGAGGAAAAACCAGAACCCGAACCAAAACCAGAGGAAAACACUGAACCAGAACCAGACCCUGAACCAAAAUCAGAAGAAAAUUCAGAACCUGCUGCAGCUGCAGAUGCUGUCGUCACGGAGACCAAAGAAUCCACUGAGGAAACCCCAUCUGAUCCAUCAGAUCCCACCACUGUGACCUGUGAAGAACUGCAGCAGCACAAGAACUUCCUCAAAGUCGCCAAGAAACAAGGGAAAGACCUGAAAGACACGGAGAAGAAGUUUCAGAAGAAACGAGAAGAACUGAUUCAGAAAUACAGCGACCAGUUCAAAGCCUUGAAGAAGAAGAGCACGGGCAAGAAGUCUGGAGAUGAUCCAGGUGAUCAGAUGAAUGAACUCAAGCAGAAGCUGAAGUCGGAGCUCAGGGCGCUACUAGUGGAGCAACACGAUCAAACCAAGAAGAAGAAAGAACAAAACAACACUGAGCGUUUGACCAAACUCCUGGAAAUGGCCACAGAGAAGCACUGCAGUGAGGUCAAGGCACUCAACAGUGAGCCCAAGAAGAAAGACAAAAUGAAGAAAUGCAAAAGUACGGAGCAGCUUGACAAUGAUAACGCUCAGUCGGCAAAUAACAGCAGCGCUGAUGGUUCACCGCAGGAACAGAGUCUGAAGAAGAAACAGGCCGCUACGCUGGCCAGCAUCAGAGAUCUGAUCAGUCAGCUGAAUAAAGAUGCCGUGGCCGAACACGCCAAGAAGAUGUGGUCUUUGCCCGGUGACCUGUCCGAGGCCGUCAACUCCUGCGUCCAGCCGCAUUUCCCAGAGCUUGUGGAGAAAGCCGGAGAGAACCGCUCCGAAAACACCGGACAGUACAACCAUGUGUUUGUAGGAUGAAUGAACAACAGGAGUUCGACUUUAAUAUUUACCAUUUUGAUUUAUUUGACACUUGUUUAUAUUUUAGUAUACACUGUGUUCUUUUCAUUAGGUAAGACAAAACUAAGGACAUGUUUGCUUUAAUGCGAAUUAAUACUCAACGUCUCAGAAAAAUCAGGGGGAAAUUAUAGAGCUGUCACGAUUCCUCGAUUCAAUUAGAGUACUCGAUUUUAAGGUCUAUUCUAAUUACCACCCAAAAAAAUUAUAAUUAUCCGAAUACUCGAUUAAUCGUCAGAAUAAUCGACCGAUUACUCGAUUACCGAAAUAAUCGUUAGUGACAGUCCUGGAAAAUUAGUGUGUCGAAUGAAAAAAUCUGUCAAGAUCACAUCAGGGCCAUAUUUCACUUCAAAAUAAAAAGG